AUGGCACACCUCACGAUACUUGAGCGCCACCGCUCGGUGUGUGCCCGAACCUUUUCCUCGACCCCUCAGUGCAGUUUCUUCACUUUACACUUUCACUCUUCGAAGUAACUUUGGUGUUGCUCUAUUCUUGCAGAUUUUCCUCUCGAACCUGCACCACAAUGGACUCGGCAAUGCUUCGAGGUCUUGUCGAGGUACUUCCUCACUCCGCGGAGUCUCCCUCCGAGGAACUCUACCGUCCUCUGACAACCCCCGCCCGGGCUGUUCCUAGGACGUAUCCGGGAGCUCCCCAGAGGGAGUCGUUUGACCUUCAUCGCAUCGGGCGCGAUCAUGGCAGUCCUGCUAGUCCUCAGUCUGGGACUGCGACGCCGGGGGGAGAGGCAGACCUGGAGAUGAGCAGGCCAGCCAGUCCGGUAUCCUCCAUUGAGGGUGUCGAGGUGGUGCCCACCGUUUGGCAGCCCUACAUGAACCGCUUCCGGUUCUUUUCUGUGUGUCUUGCGACUUUCGGCUUCGCCCUCAGUGACAGUGCUGCCGGUGCGCUGAUCCCCUAUAUGGAAGAAUUUUACGACAUUGGAUAUGCUGUUGUGUCCAUGAUCUUCGUCGGCCAGGCCGUGGGCUUCGCCAUCUCCGCCGUCGUCCUCGAUCCUCUCCGAGUGAAACUUGGCCGGGCCAAGCUCAUGGGAUUAGCAGAGGCCAUGAUGACGCUGGCGUACAUCGCCCACGUCUCUGGAGCCCCGUUCGUCGUCGUCACCCUGGCCUUCUUCUUCGUCGGCUUCAGCAUCGGCGUCAACGUCGCCAUCGCCAACCUCUUCUGCGGCAGCAUGCGGAACAGCACCCUGAUGCUGGGCAUCCUCCACGGCACCUACGGGCUGGGAGGCAUCGUCGGUCCGCUCAUCGCCACGGGCAUCGUGACGGCCGCGGACACGGUCUGGACGCGCUACUACAUCCUGACGCUUGGCAUCGGCGCCAUCACGACGGCCGUUGGGUUGUGGUCCUUCUGGGGCUAUGAAGCAGAGCUGUCGCCGGCGGUGCGCGCCAGAGAGAAUGCUCCCAGCGGGUCGAUGGUGCAGUCCAUGCUGUCGGUGGCGAAGCUGCGCGUCGUCCUGCUCGGAGCCAUCUUCAUCUUCGCCUACCAGGGUGCCGAGGUGUCCAUCUCGGGCUGGGUCAUCUCCUUCCUCAUCAACACCCGCGACGGCGAUCCGGCGUCGGUGGGAUACGUCUCGUCCGGCUUCUGGGCGGGCAUCACGCUGGGCCGCUUCCUGCUAUCAGGUCCCGCGCAGCGCAUCGGCGAGAAGGUCUUCGUGUACGGCCUGACCGCCGGCGCCUUGGUGUUCCAGAUCCUGGUGUGGUGGGUGCCCAACAUCGUGGGCAAUGCUGUGGCCGUGUCUAUCGUCGGGUUGCUGCUUGGGCCUGUCUACCCCUGCGCGACGGCUGUCUUCCUUCGUAGCAUGACACGCCGUGAGGCUCUCAGUGGUAUCGGCACCAUCAGUGCGUUUGGCAGCAUGGGCGGUGCCGUCGCACCUUUCAUCACUGGUUUGUUGGCGCAGGCCGUCGGAACCUGGGUGCUGCAUCCCAUUGUGAUUUUCCUGUUCGUCGUUAUGCUGGUGUGCUGGUAUUGCAUCCCGACCGUGCCGAAGCGGACGGAGUAAAAGAAGAAAAAAGGUCAGCUCGGCUUGGCGAUAGACAACAGUUGAAUGGGAAACUGUGCAAUAGAAGCACAGGCGUGUUUUGGGAGCUUGGUGAAAGAAAAGGGACAAACAAGAGAAUAUGGGCCAGGAGCGUGCGGGUAUUGGGAAUUU